AUUUUUUAACGUCAAACCCAACCUUAAUCUAACUUUGAGAUACCCCUCAAAAAUGUAUCAAAAGACAAUAAUCUUAUUAGCAGUUCUCAUAACGUCUCUUCGUUCUUGUUCCAGUAGCUACCCUUUUGAUCCUAGAUAUGAUCCGUCAAUGUCUCCCGAUGUUUAUCUUGAAACCAAUCAUCUACAUGGUCACAUUACACGCAACAAUCACAUGAAAAAUCGCAAUGGAUAUGCUCCUGCAUCUUCUCCUCGAGCUUUUAACGUCAAUGCUUUCGGUGCUAAAGCCAAUGGAAACGACGAUUCUCAGGCAUUCAAGAAAGCUUGGAAAGCAGCUUGUUCAUCAACCGGGACAGUUUACGUCGUGGUUCCUAAAAAUAGAGCUUACACUCUUAAGUCGGUCAAAUUCUCCGGUCCAUGCAAAUCAUCAUUGAUUGUUUUUAAGAUUUACGGAAAGAUUGAGGCAUGGAAAGAUCCAUCAGCCUACAAGGAACGUAGGCUCUGGAUUGUAUAUGAAGCUGUCAAUAACCUUCGUGUUGAAGGCGGUGGACGCAUCGACGGUAAUGGAAAUAAAUGGUGGCCACAAUCUUGCAAGAUCAAUCCUAAUCUUCCAUGCCUGGGUGCUCCAACGGCGGUUACGUUUGUGGAAUGCAAUAACUUGAUGGUAAGUAACAUUAGGUUGGAAAACGCACAGCAAAUGCAUAUGACGUUUCAAGAUUGCGAAAACGUGAAGGCUUUAAAUCUUAUGGUCACCUCUCCGGGUGAUAGUCCUAACACCGAUGGCAUUCACGUUACCGGUACUCGUAAUAUCCUCAUUCAAGACUCUAUCAUCCGGACUGGUGAUGAUUGUAUAUCGAUAGUGAGUGGGUCGGAGAAUGUGAGAGCGACGGGCAUUACAUGCGGACCGGGUCAUGGAAUCAGCAUUGGGAGUUUGGGAGCAAACAACUCAGAAGCAUAUGUUUCAAAUGUGGUAGUCAACAAGGUGACUCUUAUAGGAACCACUAAUGGUGUCAGAAUCAAGACUUGGCAGGGAGGACAUGGAAUAGCAAAGAACAUCAUAUUCCAAGAUAUUAUAAUGAAAAACGUUACAAACCCAAUAAUCAUCAACCAAGACUAUUGUGAUCGUGUUGAAGCAUGUCCCCAACAGAAAUCUGCGGUGCAAGUGAGCAAUGUGCUGUACAAAAACAUACAAGGGACAAGCUCAAUACCCGUAGCUGUGAAAUUUGAAUGUAGCAAGAGCAUCCCAUGUCAAGGCAUUUCAAUGCAAAACGUUAAGUUGGUCGACCAAACUCAACAAGAUGUCGUCUCCACAGCUUCAUGCUCCAAUGUGAAGUUGGACACACGAGGACACGUUUCUCCUAUUUGCACUUGAUAACUUUUGAUCCCCAUCCAAUUAAGAACAACAUGGAAUUUAGUCGUUUUCUCUAUAUUAUUGCAGUUUGGUCGUGAGGUGUGUGUAUAUAUAGACCAUGUUUGAAGUAUCAUCAGUUAUUCAGUAAAAGUUAAUUAGAG